AUGGGAUUACCACCAUGGGAGACCAGUGAAAGUCAAACUUUUGCUCUGGUAACAGGCGCAAACAGUGGUUUAGGCUUUGCCAUUGCCUCUCGAUUAAUUGAUGAAUUCCUAACUUCAUCUGACACCCCUCCUACGAAACAUCUAAUUCUUAUCCUCUGCACACGUACUUCGCUGAAAACACGAUUCACAAUCUCGCGCCUGCGUGCACAUCUGCGAAAACUCGUCGACUACUCUCAAUUCGCGAAUACACAACGUGCGAGAGCUAAGGCCCAGGGAAAUGUAUAUAGGUGGCAGGAUAUGGUGGCUAGGGUCCAUUUUCUUGGAGUUGAAGUCGACCUGUGCGACUUAAAAAGCGUGUACGCGGUCACCGACAGGCUGGUCAAUGGGACUAUUGGUAGCCCGGAUGCCACUACAAUGGAUGGUCUGAGGUUGCCUGCUGGGUCUCCUGGGACCGCUUCGUACUCUGCAGCUGUUCCACAAGACAGAUGGGCAUUAAGCCAGAAAGAAGGGUCUGAUGGCGAGCGGAGGUCUUGGGGAUGGGGGUUGAGCGGAAUCCGAAUACCCAGAUUGGAUGUCGUGAUCUUGAAUGCGGGUAUAGGAGGAUGGUCAGGAAUCGACUGGCCAAAAGCUGCAUGGACUGUCCUGACAGAUAUGACGGAAGCUGUGACAUGGCCAACGUACAAGCUUGCGGAAGUUGGAGCCAUUACAGAUCCCCAACUAUCCUCUGCUUCCUCUAAAGCAUCCAAACCCUCCGAGGAUGAGGCUACGCAAUCUUUAUUAAAUGGCGACAGUCCAGAAGAGCCACCCCUUGGCGCAGCAUUCUGUUCUAACGUCUUUGGACAUUAUAUUCUCGCACACGAAAUGAUGCCUCUACUAUCACGGACUGCUUCCCCUUCAGCCAUUACUAGCGGAAGAAUAAUAUGGGUAUCCAGCAUCGAGGCACAAGCACAUCAUUUCGAUUUAGACGAUCUACAAGGUUUGGAAAGCCAGGCACCAUACGAAAGCUCAAAGCGUCUUACAGAUCUUCUCGUCCUUUCAAGAAAACAUCGAGCGGCUGGCAAAGCCUCUUCUUCAUGGUUCGACUGUUCAGAUGUUCGCGUGAAGGAACACCAAUCGGAGGAUGAAGAAAAGUUUGAAAAGCAACCACCAACAAAACUGAUAAGACCUAAGAUGUACGUGGUGCAACCUGGAAUUUUUGUUUCAGACAUCUUGCCCUUGAAUUUCGUUCUGGUAUUCGUUUACAAAAUGAUUUUCUACCUCGUAAGAUGGAUGGGUAGCCAAUGGCAUACCAUCAAACCUUAUACAGCCGCCGUAGCACCAGUCUGGGUCGCACUAUCCCCAGACGAGAUUCUAGACACCAUGGACGCACCAGCUUCAAAAUGGGGAUCGGCCACCGACUCAAGUGGGAAAGAACGUGUAAUUCGCACAGAAGUUCCGGGCUGGGCAUGGGAAGGCAAAAGUCCAAAGACGAUUGAUACUGGGGAGAGAAGGAAGGGAAGGAAGAGGGAUGCGGUCGCGUUGACAUGGGAAUUGAAAGAGGAUUUUCAGGUGUUGGGUGUUAAGUGUUGGACGGAGAUGGAGAAAUUGAGGAAGGAGUGGGAGGAGCUUUUGGGGGUUAAGAAGUAG